ACCUGUGUGUUUUUGUGUGAGUGUGUGUGGGUGGGUGUGUAGGUGUGUGUGCCCUUGUUUGUGUGAGUACUGUGCAUGUGCGUGCACUUACUUGUGACGGACAUGAAGACCCGAGGCAAAGUACAGGAAAGAUGUGCAACUGUUCCACCAAGGGCUCCACCCUGCUUUUCUAUUUCACGCUUUCUUUCUUUAUCUCUCUGCGCUGUUGUAAAUCCAGUUUGAUGGACUGAAUGAAUGAUGCCACCUACCACAUGUUGCUGCAUGGAAGCUCUACCGACUAGUUCAAAUAGAGUAACUAAGGAAGUUUUGGAGACCUACAGUACAAUGUAAAAGAAAUCUGAAAUAACAGUUGGGCUCCACUUGCCAACAAACCAGCAUGGCUAGACUUUUCAUGCAUGGGAGGAUGAAGAUGCAAAGGCACACGUUUUUUUUCUUCUGCGCUUUGGCUCUGUGUGUCUUCUCCCAGCUUCACAACUACAAGGCCCUCCACCACAUGCCUGUACUGAGUGAGCUGUAUGCCUCCUCUGUCAAUGCCCUGAGUUUCCUCUGGAGUGGGAAGGGGAACCCUUCAAACAAUGCUCACCCAGAGCCUCUGCCUGGGCCUGUACCCUCCGACACUGGCCUGUGGGAACCAGAGGCAUACCGGGAGGACCAGGGAAACGCAGAGGUGGGGAGAAAGAUUGAACGUGGCAGUGAGGACCCGUGGCGGAAGGAGCAGCCUGACUCAGGGAAUGUAAACAGAAUGACGGUCACUCUCCCAGACACCAAAGGACCAUUGGAGGAACUUCACAAACGGAGCUUCCAUCUUAGCGAUGACCCCACCCAGUUCUUUGUGCGCACCAAGUCUGGAGCAUACUGCUUCAUAGAGGGGACAGAAAUUACUUAUCUCAAAGACCAUUUAGGACAAAAGGUCCAAGAACCCGGAGAGGGCCAGCGUAAAAUCCUGCAUGCACACCAAGAGGAACCCAAGUCAGCCCAGGAGAGAACCGCCUGGGGGAAAAGGCUGGUGAAGUGUAUGUGUCGCCCAGGCUGGCACGGCCCUCACUGUGGCAUCCCCACCAUGGUGCAACACUCCAACCUGCCUACUAAGGCUCGUCUGACACUGAGAAAGGUUCCUCGAAGGGUCAUCAAUGCCAUUAAUAUCAACCAUGAGUUUGACCUCCUCCACGCCCGCUUUCACGAGUUGGCCGAUGCCGUGGACCUCUUCCUGGUGUGUGAGUCAAACUUCACAGCCUACGGAAAUUCCAAGCCACUGCACUUCCUGUGCCUUCUGCUUAACGGAACCUACAACUACAUGCGCCACAAGAUCCUCUAUGUAUUCCUCGAUCACUUCCCUAAAGGUGGCCAGCAGAACGGGUGGAUUGCUGACGACUACCUGCGAACAUUUCUAAGCCGUGACGGGAUGUCCAGGGUGCAAGGCGCCAGGCCAGAUGAUGUCUUCCUCAUCAACGAUGCAGACGAGAUCCCUGCCCGCGAGGGCAUCCUCUUCCUCAAACUUUACGACGGCUGGACGGAACCUGUGUCCAUCCACAUGAGAAAGUCCCUUUAUGGUUUCUUCUGGAGGCAGCCUGGGACACUGGAAGUCCUCUCCGUCUGCACCGUCGCCAUGCUCUUCACUGUCUACAAUGGAGACGGGAUAUUACUCAGGCGCAGGGAAUACUUCUCCAUCCCGGGAUUCCGGAACUAUCAGAGGGAGAGUGGACACAUCCUGGUGCAGUGGUCCAUUGGGAGCCCCGUCCACUACGCAGGCUGGCACUGUUCCUGGUGCUUCAGACCAGAGGGAAUCUCCCAAAAGCUCAUCUCUGCCCAGAAUGGAGACUUCCCCCGCUGGGGCGACUACGUGGAAAAACGAGACUUGAAUUACAUCAAGGGCUUGAUCCGGACUGGGGGAUGGUUCGAUGGCUCGGUGGGGAAGUACCCACCCACAGACCCUAAAGAGCCUAUGUACGCACCCAAAUAUCUAUUAAAGUACUUUCAGCUGUAUCGUUACAUACUUGAUAACCCAUAUGCCUGAAUCUUGUAGAAAACUGGUGAGGAUUUAUAUUCUCAUUGUUGAUUUCAAUGGAAGGAUUUUUAAUUUCAAGGGAUGUUUCCUGAACACAACAUCUUUCUGUAUUUGGAUCUAUGAAACCCCCACCUUCCCAUCUAAUUGAAGGUUCAGGCUGUCCACUUCCUGUCUAAAGAUGAAGUAACUACCAGGUGAGAGGAGGGAUGAUUAAGGACAUCUGAGGGUAAUUUAACUGCUGUUGAUCUUGUGGGGGUUUUACACGGAUUUUAUUAGACUCAUUCUAUUCAACUCUGUCCCUUUUCGAUCACAAUAUUAGUAGUUAAACAUUCUUCAAAGACAAAGGCCUCUUCUGCUCCAGAUCAUUCAAAGACUGGAUUCCAGUUGGGACAUGAUGACUGUUGACAUUUGUACAGUUCCUAACUGUAGACGUGAUGGCAGACAGGUAUAUAUGUAUAGAAAGUCUAUCUGAUGAUGGCCAAUGGCCAGUGAUACUGUAGUUUUCCCUCAGUCAGAUCAACAAUGUGCUUCUAGUGCCACCAGUUUUGAGUUUCCAGAGACCUUUGUGAAGAAAGAGACCUGAGAAACGAUCCGUGCACAUUUCUGUGGUGGUGGUAAAACUGUUACUGUGUUGAAAUGGUUGUUCGAACAACAUAGGGAAAUAUAGCGGGAAAGGGAAAGUCGGUUUUAUAUUGUUAAAUACGAACUCCGGUAUCCCUCACUAAUGCACUAUGGGUUUAUCUUAGUCGUCGCUUGCUUGACUACAUAACUAUCUCAUAGCCUUCUUGUGAACAGAUCAUUUAUGGUGUACAGAUGAAUGAAAUUGAGGCCAAAAAGCAUAUGGAAUUAGAACCAUGUGAUCCUGCCAAACAGUUGUCACAAUGCUUUUAGGCAUUUUUGUCAUCUGUAUGCAUUGUUCAUCGAGAGACAUUUCUUGAGAAACAAAAUCAUUCUUCUGCUAUGGUCUAGUGAUUCACAUCACGUCUGGUAUUUCUCUGUUCUAGACAGUCAGCAUUUACAUUUAUAAGCAAACAUAAUGGUUUCCUUGGUUUUUGUCCUUAAAAAUGCAUUGCAAUUCUUCUCAAUUUAAAACCAUUCACCAUGAGAAUACUAUUCCUACAGCUCAUAGGGACAUGUCCACUGUGACACCAAUGAAUGUAAGAGUUUAUCGCAAAGUCAUUGCUUAGUUAAGAAACAACAGACUGUGCCAUCAAUCCGAUCAACCUUUGAUAGACUGCAAGUCAUUGGUUUCAGUCUGAAUAACAAUAUAGUACACAGAGGCCUAUUCAGUGGAAAUUGGUGAUCAACAAAACAAACACAAAUGAGUGAUGUAAUGAAUGUCUUAGUUCAUUCUUGUUUUGCACUGUGGACAUUGUUUUGUUGAAUAGCUACAGUACAUGAAUCCAAACCUAUUGGCAGUACAAGCAAUAAGUGCACAAAGUCAUUUAUAUGUGCACAGAAAUAAGUAAUUUAUUACAUAAUUAUUAGUAUAUUUUUAUUACAUUUUUGGUCAUUUAUUAAAUGUAUUUCUUUUUUAAUCAUGCCUCUAUUUACCGUGCUUGGCUUGGGCAGGAGCUCAGCUGAGCUGAGUACUGGCACCUCAAAUGUUCUACUGCUUGAGCUCCUAUUCCAUUGAUAGAAUAUUAGCUUAAAAAAGUAUUGUGAAGCUCCUGCACCUGAAUACAAACAGUGCCAGCACCCAAAAUGAGUACUGGAACCUAUUUCAGUUAAAGUCAAGUACUAUCUAUUUAUCCCCAGAUAAAUAUACAAUAUUAAGAAGUUUAAGACUGCUGUUUACUGUUGUUAAAUCAUGUCAUGUCAAUGUGGACACCUUUGUUCAAAAUUAGCUUUAGCACUUGUCUUGGGAGAAUGACUUUGGGAAUAAGGAGAUAAUAAUAAUUGAUUGUCAAUACACCAAUGUUUCUCUUGGGAAUCUGAUACUUGUGAAUUGAUGCUCUGACUUGCAGUUUGCACACAUUCCCAGCCACCGUGUCUACAUUUAAAGACCAGAAUCUUAAAGAAUGGCAUCUGAACUGUUGUUUAAUGAGGCACCAUGUUCACAUUAACAAAAAAAAGCCUUGGAUGUUGUUGACUUUAAGUUUUUAGGGGGAUUUAGACAUCUGCAUAGUAUUUUGUCAUUUAUAAUUUCUGGAUGGUGUCCAAAAUUUUGUGCAACUAUGAGUUAUAGCUCCUGUGUUCUAACUUCAUUAACAGAUUGUUCUUGAUUUAUUUAAACAAAGGUAACUUCA